AUGGGCUGGGUAUACAAUGCCACGACCCAGGCCGAGGCCGAGUCACAGUAUGGGGUGAUUCUGGGAGUCUGUCUCAGUCUGACAAUAUUGAUGGUGAUUACCGUCUGUCUGCGACUGUAUGUGCGGACACAAGCUCGUCGGCUGGCUGCAGCCGAUUAUGUGAUGAUUGGAAGCAUGAUCUUUAGCAUCAUCUACAGCGCUCUGUGUAUUGCCCGUGAGCCUCUCUCCUCUUCCUACCCUGCCAGUUUCGCCAGACUUACCAAGCUCAUCGUCUCCAGAAAGUCGAUAUGGACUCGGAUUGCCGCUCAAGCUGCGGCCCAAGCCAGACCUUUUGACCUAUACCCAAUGCAGACUAACUCCUCGACACAGCUCAACUAUGCAGGGCGCCCAUUCUACCAGAUUGGCAUUGCCGGAUUCAAAGCCUCGCUCUGUCUCAGCUAUCUACGCCUGCUGGACGGCACCUCCAAAGCGAUCUAUAGGAUUAUCAUUUGGAUCGUGAUUGCGAUCUCUACCCUCGGGCAUAUCGCAGGAGCCCUGGUCUUGAUCUUCAACUGCCAACCGGUGGAACGAGCAUGGAACCCCAAGGUGCCAGGGACCUGCCUCCCGGUCGGAGGCACAUUCUACAGCCUUGCAAUUUUCACCAUUGUGUGCGACGUCCUGAUUAUCUUCCUUCCGAUCCCACUGCUCCUUCGCCUGAAUAUCAAAACCGCUCAGAAAGCGGGCGUGGUGUGCCUGUUCCUGCUGGGUCUGUUCACGACGAUCUGCUCGAUCCUGCGGCUGACGCAGAUCAACCGGGUAGCUUUUGGAGACGGGAACUCGACGAUGCUGGUGCUAUGGGGCACGAUUGAAUUUAAUGUGGGGAACAUUGUUACAUGUAUUCCAUAUCUGGCGCCUCUGCUGAAGGGUGUAGUACGCGACUUCCGCUCCAACAGCGGCCGGCUCAAGUACUAUUCCAACUGGAACAGUCGGGGUCGCAGCUAUGCCAUGGACCACAUGUCCAAGGAUCAGCGAUCUCACCUACAAUCGAGUGCCUCGGGCCCCACGCAUCCAAAACGCACUCCCAGUGAGGAACUGAUUCUGUCCAGCCGAGAACCUGAACAUGGGGGUAUCGAGAUGACGGUGGAAUACAGCGUGUCCCUUGAGAACGGGUCGACAAGAGGCUCCCGAGCCUGA